AUGGCCUCGGUUCUCGGAAAGCGCAAGGCGCCCUCUGCGUCGACUGCCAAGACGAGCAAGCCCACUGCGACGGCAUCAAGCAAGACUGCUGCACCGGCAUUGAGAAAGACGAAGAGCGCCGAGGGCCUCAAGAAAUCAUCCGCCACCGCGACAGCGACGAAGAAGAGGACGACGGCCACCAAGAUGACGAAGGCGAGAAAGGCUGAGGAAAAGGACGAAGAGGAGGAGGAUACAUCCAUGCUAGACGCGCAAGAGAUUUUCAGACGGCAUUUUGAGGCGCAGUUCAAACCAAUUGAGGAGAAGAGCGCGCCGAAGCGCAAGAAGAGCAAGGCCAAGGCCGAAGAGGAGGAGGAGGAGGAGGACAGCGCGAGCGGAAGUGACGAGGAGGUUGACGAAGGCGAAGAGGACGUAUUUGAGGACGAGGGUGCUGACGGCGAGGAGGGGGAGGGGGAGGAGUGGAGUGGUCUCUCUGGCGACGAGGAAGACGACUACGACGAGGACAGCGACAUCCCUUACGACGACAUCGACGAGAACCCCGUCAUCGAGGUCGUAGACCACACCGAAUCCAACGCCCCUCCCGUCGUCAGCAUGAGCAAGCGCGAACUCAAGGCCUUCAUGUCCUCCAAACCCCCCUCUCAAACAGACCCCUCCCCAACCUCCCUCACAGCAGCACAACCCCCCGACGACCCAGACGACGAAAACGACAAGUCCAUGCUCGCAAACGACCUCGCCCUCCAACGCCUCCUCUCCGAAUCCCACCUCCUCGCCCGCCACGCCGUCUCCCCCUUCUCCAACCCGUCCAACGCCGCCUCCAAGUCCUUUUCCGAGGGCAAACUCCGCCAGCGCCAGACGGACCUGCGCACGCGGUCCCUCGCCGGCGCGCAGGGGGUGUCCGGCGUCAAAUCGAUCUUUGUCCAGGAAAAGAUGCCGAUGGCGAUGCGCAAGGGCAUCGUCGCCAGCACGGCCAAGCGCGAGGAGAAGCGCAGGAAGACGGCAAGGGAGAACGGAAUCGUGUUGGAGAGGGAGGCGCCCAAGAAGGCGACGAAGAAGGAGAGCGGCGGCGGGGGUAGGUUUGGACAGAGGGGCCUUGAUGGGCUUGAUGUUGGAAGGAUGAGGGGCGCUGAGCUGAGGUUGAGCGAGAGGGAUGUUCGGAAUAUCGAGGGCGGCGGCGGCGGCGGCGGGCGCGGUGGUGGACGUGCAGGUCGGGGCGGAAGGGGAGGGAGAGGUGGUGGUGGUGGUGGUAGAGGAGGCCGCGGGAGGAGGUAG